ACUAACCCAUUUGGUACUCUAAACGCAAGAACAAAAAAAACCUAGCCACCCCAAAGAACUUCAAAACUUUUCACUACCAACAAAUUUCGAUCGAAGAGGCUCUUCUUCUCACAAAGCCCUCUUCUUUCGUAUCUAUUUCUUUCAACAAAUUUCGUUACUGUAGCUGCUCUACUCACCCACUUUCAAAUCCCACUAAUUGCAUCAGCCAAAAUGUCGCGGAAGGGGUUGAUGGAACAAGACCUGAGUAAGUUGGAUGUGACAAAGUUGCAUCCCCUUUCUCCUGAAGUCAUAUCCCGACAAGCUACUAUUAAUAUUGGAACCAUAGGUCAUGUGGCACAUGGAAAGUCAACAGUUGUGAAAGCAAUAUCAGGUGUUCAGACUGUGCGUUUUAAAAAUGAGUUGGAGCGUAACAUUACAAUCAAGCUUGGGUAUGCAAAUGCAAAAAUAUACAAGUGUGAAGAUGAACGGUGUCCAAGGCCUAUGUCCUACAAAGCUUAUGGAAGUGGAAAGGAAGAUAAUCCUAUGUGUGAUGUACCAGGGUUUGAAAAUUCCAAGAUGAAAUUGCUGAGACAUGUUUCCUUUGUUGAUUGCCCAGGACAUGAUAUUCUCAUGGCUACCAUGCUUAAUGGAGCAGCCAUCAUGGAUGGAGCUUUGCUACUCAUUGCUGCUAAUGAAAGCUGCCCACAACCACAAACUUCUGAGCAUUUAGCUGCUGUGGAAAUUAUGCGUCUACAGCACAUUAUAAUCCUUCAGAACAAGGUAGACUUGAUUCAAGAAAAUGUGGCAAUCAACCAGCACGAAGCAAUUCAGAAGUUUAUACAAGGAACUGUUGCUGAUAGUGCACCUGUAGUACCUAUUUCAGCACAAUUGAAGUAUAACAUUGACGUUGUUUGUGAAUACAUCGUGAAAAAGAUCCCAAUCCCUGAACGGAACUUCAUUUCUCCACCUAAUAUGAUAGUAAUUCGGUCAUUUGAUGUCAAUAAACCCGGUUAUGAGGUUGAUGAAAUAAAAGGAGGUGUAGCUGGUGGAAGUAUCCUGAGGGGUGUUUUAAAGGUCAAUCAAUUCAUUGAAGUUCGACCUGGAAUAGUUGUUAAAGAUGAGAGUGGAAACAUCCGAUGCACACCUAUCUACUCCAGAAUAGUUUCAUUAUAUGCUGAACAAAAUGAGCUCCAAUUUGCAGUUCCUGGAGGACUAAUUGGUGUUGGUACAACAAUGGAUCCCACUUUGACACGUGCUGACAGGUUGGUUGGGCAAGUUCUCGGAGAGGUUGGGUCACUGCCUGAGGUUUUCGUGGAACUUGAGGUAAACUUUUUCUUGCUUCGACGGCUUCUUGGUGUUCGGACAAAAGGUUCCGAGAGACAAGGAAAGGUCUCAAAGCUGGCGAAAGCAGAGAUGCUAAUGUUGAACAUAGGAUCGAUGUCAACAGGUGCCAGGGUGGUUGCUGUGAAGAACGACUUGGCAAAGUUGCAACUUACUUCCCCCGUGUGCACUAGCAAGGGUGAGAAGAUUGCUCUAAGUAGACGUGUCGAGAAGCAUUGGCGUCUUAUCGGUUGGGGUCAAAUCCAAGCUGGAAUCACCCUCGAUAUCCCUUCUGCCCCCCUUCUGAGUUGAAAGAAAGACAGAUUAAGAGACAGACUACAAGAAACACCUUUUUUAUAAAAACCUGAGAUGAAUUUAGGUAUGUGGGAAGGGACAACAAAACUGUUGGUAACCAUUUUUGUGAGAUGGAGAAGAUUGUCAAUUUUUUGUUUUCACAUUGUUGCUUAUUUAUUUAUUAUCCCCACUGUCUAUCUAUUGUUGAAAUUGUAUCUUAUGCUGAUUGAGUUUAGAAUGCGAGCAAGCGACUCAUCUAUCCCUUGUUUUCUUUUAAUGGUCACCUUAGCAAUAAUUAAUCCAGCAAUCUUGCUAUACAGUGAGGCAUUUCAUAAUUCAUAUUGUAAACACAUAUCCAAGCAAUGGUUGAAACUUUUAAGACUGAUACACUUAUUAUGA